GUGAGGACAUAAUGGUUCAUCCCAAGCUAGUUACCUAAGAAGAUGGCGGCGACCGUACGAACUGUUCUGUCCCGGGUUCUGUCCCAAAGUGGCGCUCUGUCCGCCAACCUGACAGCCGGAUCGUCCAGCCGGGUCCCUACCACCGCCUUCACACUUCUGCACAGAUGUCGCAGUACGGGAGCCCCUGACGAGAAUGUCGUACUUGAGCAGUUCCGCCCUGAGACGUCCUCGGUACCCUCCAUGAUGGACAUCGGCACGCGGCGUAUCUUCUCGGAGGACCACGAUAUCUUCCGUGCCAGCGUCAGGAGGUUCUGGGCGGAGGAAGUGGCGCCGAAUCACACUCAGUAUGAGAAGGAUGGCCAGGUGAGUCGUGAGGUGUGGCAGAAGGCGGGAGAGCAAGGCCUGCUGGGAGUGCCCACACCUGAGGAGAUGGGCGGGAUCGGGGCGGACGUCCUGUAUGCUGCUAUCAUGUGGGAGGAACAGAUGUACUCAAACUGCAGUGGUCCCGGCUACGCCAUGCACUCUGACAUCGUGAUGCCGUACAUCCAGAAGUAUGGAACCCCCGAGCAGCACGAGCGGUUCAUGCCGGACAUGAUCGCCGGGAACAAGAUCGGCGCUCUGGCCAUGACGGAGCCAGGGGCUGGCAGUGACCUCCAGGGGAUCCGAACUAACGCUAAGAAGAACGGUGAUGACUGGAUCCUGAAUGGCAGCAAGGUGUUCAUCACGAACGGCUGGAUGGCUGAUGUCACCAUCGUCGUGGCGAUCACCAACCCACAGGCGAAGUCCGCGGCACACGGCAUCAGCCUCUUUCUGGUGGAGGAGGGUAUGGAGGGGUUUAAGAAGGGUCGCAAACUGGAGAAAAUCGGGAUGAAGGCUCAGGACACAGCAGAAUUGUUCUUCGACGAUGUCCGCCUGCCUCCAUCAGCCCUGUUAGGUCAGGAGAACAGGGGGUUUGUCUAUCUCAUGCAGGAGUUACCCCAGGAGAGGCUGAUCAUCGCAGACAUGGCCAUCGCCUCGUCUGAGUUCAUGUUUGAGGAGACCAGGAACUAUGUCAAGGAGAGGAAGGCGUUCGGCAAGACUGUGUCAAGACUUCAGACCAUCCAACACAAGCUGGCUGAAAUCAAGACAGACAUCGUAGUGGGUCGAGCUUUCCUGGACCAGUGUCUGGAACUUCAUAACCAGGGACGACUGGACUCCAACACCGCCUCCAUGGCAAAGUUCUGGGCCUCAGACCUACAGAACCGUGUAGCGACCCAGUGCCUACAGAUGCACGGGGGGUGGGGGUACAUGUGGGAGUACCCCAUCGCUAAAGCGUUCGUCGACUCUCGCGUCCAGCCGAUCUACGGAGGCAGCAACGAGAUCAUGAAGGAGCUUAUCGCUCGCAACAUCGUCAACUAGAGGUCGUUUGAGGGCACCGAAACCUCAUCAUUGUUAUCUAGAGGUCGCUAAGGACAUCUGGAACAUAACAUCGUCAUCUACAGGUCGUCCCAGGAUAACAAUAGCCAAAGGCUGAUACCUGGAGUUGUCUAACUCUGAGGACAUUUCAAUGGAACAUCGUCAGCUAGGAAUUAUUUGAGAACAUCAAAAGUACAACAUCUCCAACUAGAUGUCAUCUAUGGACACCGGAAACUCAACAUUUAACUAGAGGUCAUCCGAGGACAGCUUGAUUACAACAUCAUCAACCAAAACUAUUAGACUCUCAAGAACUGUGUGGUGUUUCAUCUGAGAGCUCUGAAACUGAAAUAGAUUUCAAACAGACAAAGUUAUAUUUCUCAAAUUGACAAAGUUUGCAAAUCUAAAUGAAGAGGCUCUUUAAAAAAGAAAAAAGAUAUAUUAUCGAAUGAUAGAUUUUUAAAGUCUCCAAAUUAGAAUUUUACGAAAUUAUCAGUGCAGUGCCUUUUGCUGUAUAUAUCUAUUGCAUUGGUGCCUUGAGUGGAUGUUUGCUUAUGCAACUAUAAUGCAAGAACAAAUUAUGUUUCAUCAGUCAGUAUGUCUCAUUUUUACUAUGUCCACUUUAGAGGGGAGUUUAUCAAUGACAUGCUGUCAUCUAAAUGGUUACGGCACAUGUGAUGUACGUGUUGCAAACAGGAGGACAAUUUCAUCAUGUUGCUACCUUCACCACAUGUACAGAUGUCUGCAUCAAAGAAACUUUAAGACACUCCUCUUUCUCUACUCCCAGUAACAAGAUUUAAAGGUAAGCCAUUGCUCUAAUUUAUCAUUCAGAUAUCAUCUCUAUAUAUAUACAUGUGUAUAUAACUCAAAUCUAUAUAAUUCUAUAUACUCUGGCUAGGAAAUUUUGUUUUAUCAGUGUUUGUUGAUAACUGAAUACUGAGCUAUGAAUGAACUGCCCUAACAAAUUCAGAUUUUGUAUGUGGAUAAUACAGAGCAAAUAGCAUUUUACGUAGUAUCUAAUGCAGCUAUGACAAAUCAAGGUACAGAUUUUAACUUUUAUUUAAGAUAUUACACUAAAUUACAGUAGUUUGAGCUGCAGUGUGCUGUCAGGUACUUCUAUUGAUGGCUCAGUAAACGUCUACUGGUAUCUUUCGUUUAAUAGUGAUGGAUUGUGUUUGCUAUGCUACUGUGAAGAUGAUGGGUUGCAGUGUGUAUUUAAAAGUUUUGGUUAAAACAUAGCCAUUGGUUGUCCUUUACAUUCUGUACAAAUCAAAUUUCCAUUGAUAGGCUAAAUUCAUCCAUCAAUUUUAACUCUUAUGAAUAAAUAUUUUUCAUGUUUGAGAGAAUAAAUGGUACAUGCAUGUACAAUCUAUC